CAAAAAAGAGAAAAACAAAAGUGAAAAUAUGUUGACUGUUCAAUUGAUCAUGCAAUCCGGAAAGCAAUUGGUUAUGGAGCUGCUGAUCUCAGCUACCAUAUACGAGCUUAAGACAGAUCCAGAGUCUGCUCGAUAUUCAGCCGGAAACAUUGACGAUUUCUGCUUCUGUUGUAACGUUGGCCGAUUCAGAUCUCAUAGUAGAAGUAUAAUUACUAUUAGUAAAAUAGCAAUAAUUUUGUGGGCCAGAUUAUGGUGGAGCAUGUUUUUGUUGAUAGUCAAAGUUCAUCGGACUCUAGCCUUGAGACUGUAUCAUCGGAUGGUAGCCAGCUCUCUGGCAGUGAGCAAUCCUCUGAAUCGAGCAGUGAGUUAUUGGAUAACUGCCUUCCUUUGACGUUCAAUCUCAAACGGGGACACAAACGAAAAGGCCAAGGGCACGAAAAACUCAUUGAGACUAAGCGGUUCAAAAAGGUUCUCGAAUCCUGUGAGGAGAGUGUACAAAGCCCCUCGUAUGGAGGUAUGGAGGAGGCAUGCGGUAUGGGAGGCUGCGAUAUUAAAGCCAGACUACGCCCUGUGAAAUCUGAAAUUGAAAUGGAAACGUAUGUUAUAAAUGGUCAGCGGCACCGUUUUGUAAACAUACUCCCAGAAAACGGGCAGUUUGUUUAGUCGUUUCUUCCUCGGAAUGUGAGAAAAACUUUUGCGAUCUCUUAGAAGAGUUCUUUGGGUUUUUUUUGGAUUAUAGAAACGUUCGCUGCUUACAUUUUAGUGAGGUCACUCCGGUGACUGAGUAUGAAGGACGGCUCUUUAUCGCAGCUGCCGACGAAGACACUAUGGAGUGGGUGGAGCGCAACGUAUGUGCCAUGGAAUCCUAUGGGGCUGUUAGUCUUAUAAACUUCCUGCACCUAACAGCGGCAAGAGGUACGUGGCCAAAGGUCGAGGAUUGUUUGGAUCUGGAUCCUGGAACUGCAGAACUCUGACAUUAAUACGAAGAAGUGGGCUGUGGUGAGCCGCGAAAAUGUACCUCCUGAAGUCACUUAUAUUUGCCCCAAUGAACAGGUUGAGAUCUGGAUGGAUGCGGACAGUGUGGAUAUCAUCAAGGAGAGAUGCAACCGCCUUAAAUUAUCUUUUUGGAUGAUCGUAUUUGAGUUUUGCGAUUAGAUGACGACUUUAUAUUUUUAUUUAAUGGAAUUUAUAUUUGGAAAUGUUAAA